AGAAAAAGAGAGAGAGAGAGGAGGAGGUUAACAGAGAGGGAUAACCAGCAUGUUAACAGUCAUGAGGUAGAGAUGUGUUAGGCAGUGUGAGAGAGAGAGACAGACUGUAGGAGGUGUUUGGUUCUCACUGGUGACUCUAGCAGGAUGACAGAGGACUAAAGAAGCUCAUGAAGAGCCUGCAGCACAGCUGAGUCCUGCCAUGUGCUUCCAGCCUGUUAAUGAAGCCGGCACAGGGACUCCCACUCACUGACUGCAGAGACCAGGAGGAGACUGGCUGAGUAAUACAGGAAAGCUGAAGCUGAGAGUCAGAAAGUGAGAGGUGGACAAAGAACAAGAGAGGCUACUGGAUUGGUGAUGACUUUCUGUGUAGGGGUAACUCUAUACAACCUGCUGGAGAGGCAGCAGGUCUAAGAAAGGGGAAAAAAGACAGAAAACCGGAACAGCCACAGCCUGGAAUCAUCCUUCAAAGAAAGAAGAAACAGACAUGCCUGGUCUCACUAUGAAGCUUUCGCUGCCCGUGCUGCUGACCCUGGCCUUGACAAGACCAGACUGGACUGUGUCUGGAGAUGUUCAGGAAUUCGACAGCAGAGAUGAGGUUCUAGAACGAGAGUUCCUCUACGCUGGACGCAACAAGCGCUCCGCAGACCCCGAGGCUGCCCCAUCGCAGGACAAGUGCUCGUAUACCUUUAUAGUUCCUCAGCAAAAGACCACAGGUGCCAUUUGCGUGAACAGCAAAGAGCCAGAGGCUCUGCUGGAGAACAGGGUGAACAAGCAGGAGCUGGAGCUGCUGAACGGCGAGCUCCACAAGCAGCGGCGCCAGAUAGAAUCUCUUCAGCAGCUGGUGGAGGUGGACGGCGGGGUGGUCAAUGAAGUGAAGCUCCUGCGCAAGGAGUCGCGCAACAUGAACGCUCGGGUGACCCAGCUGUACAUGCAGCUGCUGCAUGAGAUCAUUCGCAAAAGGGACAAUGCCUUGGAGGUGUCGCAGCUGGAGAAUCGCGUGCUCAACCACACGGCCGAGAUGCAGCGGUUGGCUUCUCGCUACCGUGACCUUGAGCACAAGUACCAGCACCUGUCCUCGUUGGCCAGCAAUCAAAGUGCACUUAUAGCACAGCUGGAAGAACACUGUAUUGGAGGAGGGUACAGAGGAGGUGCCGUAAGUGCCGGUGGUGGUGGUGGUGGUGGUGGGAUGGUCAGGCCUGCCAGACCCUACCAGCCUCCUGUAGUCCAUCCACAACCAGCACAACCUCGCUUACCCCAUCAACCCCCGGCCAGGCCAUUCCACCCACCCGCACAAUUCCCUCGUCACACCAACCAGAUCACUAACGAAAUCCAGAGUGAUCAAAACUCCAAGGCGAUGCCUCCACCACUGCCUACUAUGCCCAGUGGAACUCACAGCCCAUCCACAACUGACAAGCCUUCAGGUCCCUUUAAAGACUGUCUGGAGGCCUUGGACGAGGGUCACAGCAACAGUGGCAUGUUUCUGGUGAAGCCAGAAAAUGCAAACAAGCUAAUGCAGGUCUGGUGUGACCAGAGGCACGACCCAGGAGGCUGGACGGUCAUUCAGAGACGCCAGGAUGGAUCUGUCAACUUCUUUAGGAACUGGGAGACGUAUAAGCAAGGGUUUGGAAACAUUGAUGGUGAAUACUGGCUGGGUCUGGAGAACAUCUACUGGCUGACCAACCAGGGUACCUACAAGCUUCUGGUGACUCUGGAAGACUGGACAGGCAGGAAGACGUUUGCAGAAUACGCCAGUUUCCGCGUAGAGGCAGAGGCAGAUUUCUACAGGCUGAGAGUGGGACGGUACCACGGAAACGCUGGCGAUUCUUUAACCUGGCACAACGGAAAGCAGUUUACCACCCUGGACAGAGACCAUGACGUCUACACAGGAAACUGUGCCCACUACCAGAAAGGUGGAUGGUGGUAUAACGCCUGUGCCCACUCCAACCUGAACGGCGUGUGGUACCGGGGAGGUCACUACCGCAGCCGCUAUCAGGACGGAGUUUACUGGGCAGAAUUCAGGGGUGGUUCCUAUUCCUUGAAGAGGGUCACCAUGAUGAUACGACCCAACUCCAACACAUUUCACUAGCAGGAACUCCAUUGCUGUGACAAAAACUACAUUCUUGGUGACUUACAGAAGUGCAAUUUUUUAGACAUUUUCAUUAUACAUCUUGUGUAUGUAUAUUGUAUGUAUUUGUUAAUUUGUUAAUGUUUUGUUUUAAUAUACAGCCAGACCAUUCUCAAUUUCAAAGUAAAAAAAAAGAAUAGGGCUCUCCAUUAUUUGAGAGAUCCCAUGUUUCUGGAUGCAGUUCAAUGUGUCUUGACUCCAUAAAUUUGUACUAAAAAUGUUUAGAAUGCAGGCAUUCAGAGUAUAAAGUGUCAUCCUCAUUUUGCAACCCCAAAGAUAUUUUUGCUGAGGUGCCAAAGAUGCUGAACACUGCCUUGUGUGUGAAAUUUCACCCCUUGUGCAAUUAGGACUUGGCCGAAUGGAAAAGAAGGACACAUUGUACAAUGCUGUUGUUACUUUGCUAACAUUUAUACAGCAAGUCUUGGGAUGAUGUGCUAAUUUGAUGCUUGAUGUUAUCUGGAUAAAGAAACUGAGCCUGGUAGGGGGUGUUCAGAUGAAGCCGUUUCAGACUCUCUGGAGUGCACUUUGAUUCAUUGUAGCACUGGGAUUCACAGAUGGAGUCCAUGUGGUGUAAUGACGAUUAAGUCGGCGAGAAAGCGCAUAAUUAUUUGGCUUUAAGGCACAAAGUCCACCAAAAUUAAGUGAAUCUUGAAAAUACACAAAAACCUGAAUGGAAAAAAAAUUGCAAGAAAUGGCAUGAAAACACCCGAAAAGGUCAAAGUGGAAAAGUUAGAAUAUCAAUGAAGCCAAAAUGAGAAAAAAUGAGUGAUUAAAAAAAAAGGUUUUUCAAAUAAAUGAUAAUGUAUCAAGCCA